AUGGGUACUCAAAGCGGAGUAUCAGUUGAGCCAGCGGCCUCGUCGCACGGUUCUGAUCCCUUGGUAGAAAAAUAUGGUCAGCUUGAUGUUUUAGAUGACUUGAUCCGUCAUCGUGCCGCAGAUGCUGUCCAACACCCAAUCCUCGCAUACCCACGCUUCGACAAUAAUGCUGGAUCUUACAAAUAUUAUACUGGCCGAGAGCUAGAUGAUAUGAUAGAUCAGGCAGCCAUAAACCUGAUCCGAGACGGGUUCACGCCGCUCGAGGAAGAUGGGCGCAUAGUAGCGUUAAUCGCCUUGUCGGAUUUGGAUAUGGUUAUUACUCUGUUCGCACUGAGCAGAUUGGGAUACACUGUCAUGAUAUUAUCACCACGGCUAUCAGGGGAUGCAUGUGUGUCAUUGCUCAACACAGUUGGGUGCGAUAAUAUUAUAUACGGUAAAACUGGAACGAUCCGCGCAACAAUUGGUGAAAUUUUGCAGCAAAAAUUGAUCGCCUGCCGCCCAAUAUUGCCUUUUUCCGUGGGCACUUCAGUCAACUCAUCGUUGGUCCUGAACAGGAAGCGGAUUGCCGAGGCUCAAAAGGACAAAAUUGCGAUGAUCCUUCACUCAUCUGGUUCCACGGGAAAUCCAAAGCCUUUGUUUCUCACACACAGUGUGCUAAUGACCAAUCCAUUGAGAGGACCCGGGCUCACAUCUUUCAACUCACUUCCCUGGUAUCAUCUUCAUGGACUUGCAACUGCGUUGCAAGCAAUGUGGAUGAGGAAAGUCGCAUUCAUGUGGAACGCAGCCCUGCCGCUGACGUCAGAGUCCCUUAUUCCUGCUCUUCAGGAGGCUCAACCUGAAUAUUGUGCUGCGGUUCCUUACAUGCUGCAAAUUUUGGUUGACCAUCCUCGAGGAGUAGAGGUACUUCGGAACUGCAAGGUGGUUAGCUAUGGGGGAGCGCCAUGCCCCGAUGAGCUUGGAGAUCGCCUUGUGCGAGAAGGUGUUCCCUUUGGUGGUUCAUUUGGACUCACGGAAGCGGGACUAGUUGCCGAGUCAAUGUCUCGACCCAAAGACGACCCAUACUGGAAUUACUUGAAGAUCUUUGAAAACAUUCGACCUUAUGUUUGGAUGAAACCACUCGGGGAUGAGCUUUACGAGUGCGUCUACCUCUCCGGACUCCCAGCAUUGACUUCGUCAAACUCUGAUACGCCGCCUGGGUCAUACCAUUCUAAGGACGUCUUCACCCCCCACCCCUCGAUUCCUGAUAGAUGGAAGUAUGCAUCAAGACUUGAUGACCGUAUUACCCUUAUCAACGGAGAGAAAGUUCUGCCACUCCCAAUUGAGGGCUGUAUCAAACAAAAUCCUCUUAUCCAUGAAGCAGUCGUGGUGGGAGUGGGAAAGGCAGCCCCGGGUUUGUUAAUUUUCAGAUCCCAGGAAGCGGACCAUCUCUCGGAUGAACAAUAUUUCCAAGAAAUUUGGCCCAGCAUCCAAUCGGCCAAUUCUCGCGCGGAACAGUUCUCACGCAUUGCUAGAGACAUGAUUAGAGUGUUGCCAUUCGCCUCGGCCUUCCCUCGUACAGAUAAAGGAAAGCAUCUACUCCACCCCGAGGAGCAGACUGGAGUUGCUAAGCUAGGCUUUGAUGGUACUCUGUUGCUCUUAAAGGAGUUAUGUCAGAACGAGCUCGGUGUCAGUCUCUCUGUAGAGGCAAGCUUCUUCUCGGAAGGUGUUGAUAGCCUUAAGGCAAUUCAAAUUCGGCGCCUCAUUCUUCAGAACUUUGAUCUGGCUAAUGAAAGCCUUCCUGUCAAUGUGGUUUAUGAUAUGGGCAGCAUCUCAAAGCUAGCAGAGUAUAUUUGUGCUAUGCAGAGCGGUUCGGGUGUUUCCACGCAGAAUAAUGCCACUGAUCUCAUGUCCAAAUUGAUUCAGAAAUAUUCCGCAUUUCAGAGACAUGUACCUGAUGACUCUCCCUUGAGCACAAAUAAUGUUAUUCUUACCGGAGCCACAGGGUCCAUCGGGGCUCACGUCUUAUAUGAGCUCCUCAAUGACGAUUCUGUGUCCACAGUCUUUUGUCUGACACGACGAAAGUCCCCAUUGGAAGAUAUACUCAAGAGCCUAGUCGAAAAGGGACUGCAGAUCACGUCAGAGCAAUCAUCGAAAAUUGUUGCUCUGACCAGCUUACUUGAACAAUCAAACUUCGGCUUAGACGAAGAAAUCAUGGCUCGUAUGCGCCGAUCUGUUACACAGGUCCUGCAUGUGGCCUGGCCUGUGAACUUCAAUUUACCGCUGGAUCAAUUUGAGCCCCACAUUCGCGGGCUAUAUAAUCUCCUCCAAUUCUCACUUCGCGUCGAACAGCCAAAACCUGCAGCGGUCAUGUUCUGCUCCUCUGUUUCCACCGCACUCAUAGCAAUGUCUUCCGAAAUUCCAGAAGGCCCAAUGGAUCUCAGUUCUGCGUACAUGGGCUACGGUCAAUCCAAGCUAAUUGGUGAGCACAUUGUCAGCGCAGCAUACCAAUCAGGAGCGAGAGCCUAUUCUCUCAGAAUCGGCCAGGUAUCGGGUCAUUCAAAGAAGGGCCUUUGGAAUGACAAGGAAGCCCUGCCGCUGAUGAUCAGGUCAGCUUUGACCCUGAAAGCCUUGCCUACUCUGAAUGAAAGAUGCUCCUGGCUACCAGUUGAUAUCCUCGCGACUACUAUUCUGGAGCUAACGAGAUCUUCCUCGAGCUUAAGCCAGAAUCCCGAGAGAAGCGAGACAUCGGAACAGCUGACCUGCGAUGACUCCAUCUACAAUGUGUGUAACUCUUGUGAGUUUUCCUGGUCGGCCUUGCUAGAGAACUUGGGUCGUGACUUCGAAUUCGCUACCGUGCCAUUUAAAAUCUGGCUGCAGUUACUUCGAGAAAGCGAGGCACGAGGCGAGGAGCAUCUUAAUCCGGCUAUCAAACUUAUCGACCAUUACAAAGCAAUGUAUGGUCCCAGGUCUUCUGCUCUGUCCACACUCGGUCACAAGUCUUUUGUGACAGAAAAGGCAGAGCGGAAUAGUUCUACUUUGAAAACUGGUCGACUGCAGAUUAUUGAAGAUGGAAUUCUGGAUUGCUACAUGCGUGACUGGAUUUCGCGAUGGACGACAUCGUAA